UAUUUUAAAAUAUUGUCGUUUUUGAGAUUAAUUAAUUCGUUUAAUAUUACUUUGGUUAGUUCUGUUCUGUUUCUUUUUUCGAUCGAGUGAAAUUGAGUUGAAUCCGGGACAAUGGCGAAUUCAGCGGCCGACUCGGUGAAGGUGGCGUUACGCAUUCGACCGUUAAACCAACGGGAACGGGAACGCGGCUGCCGGAUUGUGGUCGAGCAACCCGCCCACCGGGAACCGCAAGUGGUCAUUGGGAAUGGGAUCAGUGGAAAGCCGGAGGGGUUUACGUUCAACUAUGUGUUCUCGCCAGAGGAAUCGCAGGAGUACUUGUAUGAAACUUCCGUCCAGCCUUUGCUGGAGAAGUUGUACGCUGGAUAUAAUGUGACGAUUCUGGCAUAUGGACAGACUGGAUCGGGCAAGACAUAUACGAUGGGAACGAACUAUGAUGGGGAAGAGGACGAAACGAUGGGAGUGAUUCCGAGGGCAAUCAACGACAUUUUCGGACGGAUCGACGAAAUGGCGGAGGAUUCGGAGGUGACCAUUAGCUGUUCGUUUAUGGAGCUGUAUCAAGAGAAUCUGUACGACCUGUUGUCAAACAAGGGAAACCGGGAAGAACGGGUUGUGGACAUUAGGGAGUCAAACAAUCAGAUUGUCAUUCCGUGCUUGACGGAGGUUCAGAUCCGAACGGCGGAAGAGACAUUCGAAGCACUGAUGACGGGAUCGCAGGAGCGGGCGGUUGCUUCGACGGCGAUGAAUGCCGUAUCGAGUAGGAGUCAUGCGAUUUUCACGCUUAAUCUGACGAAUCGUUCCAAAGGUGAUCAGCCGACGGUAACGAAUAGUAAGUUUCAUCUGGUGGAUUUGGCUGGAUCGGAACGGCCUAAGAAGACACAAGCGACCGGGGAACGUUUCAAGGAAGGAGUAAAGAUCAAUCAAGGUCUGUUGGUGCUGGGCAAUGUGAUUUCGGCGUUGGGGUCCGCUGGUGGACCAUUGGGUCAUGUGCCCUACAGGGAGUCGAAGCUAACUCGACUGUUGCAGGAUUCCCUUGGGGGCAACUCGCUUACGUUGAUGUUGGCUUGCGUUUCGCCGGCGGAUUAUAAUUGCGAGGAGACGAUCAAUACGCUACGGUAUGCGAACCGGGCCAGGAACAUCAAGAACAAGGCGGUGAUUAAUCAGGAUCCAAAUCAGGCGGAGAUCCGUCGGUUGAAUUCAAUUAUUCAGGAGCUUCGUAUGGAACUAUUGGCUUACAGUGCCGGAGGGAAGGAAAAUGUUACAGCGAAUCGCGCCUCGACGGUUCCCGGGGGCAAAUCUGGAAUUGUUCGUUCUACCAGCGAGCAACAGUUGGGUAAUGGAUUCAUUCCGACCAUGGAAGUCGUUCGUCGGGAGAAGGAAAUGGCAGACAAGAUUCGAACGCUACAGCAGCAGCUUCAGUCCGCGCUGCAGGAUAUGGCCAACGAUCAAUUACGAACGCUGACGGCGGAGAAGAUUGUGGAAGAAAUCGAAGCUUUGCUGGCGACCAGUCCUGACUCGGAUUUAAAGCAGGGCAUCCAAGCGAUCCUUGAUGGAUACAAGGAGGAAACGGCUUCGAUUCGAACGGAGUCGCAAAUAUCCGAUGCCUUGAUGCAUUCAGCGACCGAAGAGUUCCAGAAUCGAUCCGAUACACACACACAAAAGCAAAUGAAGAUCCGCGAUGAGUUGAGACAGCUGACCCGAGAACUGGAACUGAAGGAGGAGUUGCACCGGAAGUGUUUGGGCAACAUGUCCAACUUGACUUUUACCGUGGAUGAAAGCAACAGCGGCAGCAACGAGAAGGUCGAAGAAUAUGAGGGCAAGAUCAAAGAUUUGGAGAAGCAAAUUGAAGAUCUCAAUGAUCAGCUGAACACGACGAAGGUGGUGGAUAAGAAGAGCAAACUGGCAGAGGAGCGUCGGAAGAAGGUUCAACAGCUGGAAGGCGAUUUGGCGGAGCUGAGGAAGAAGAGCGUCCAGCAGGCCAAGAUGCUGCAGUUGAAGGAGAAGGACACCCAGCGGAUUCAGAAUUUGAGUCGGGAGAUCCAAGCCAUGAAAGCAACCCGAGUGAAGCUGGUCAAGUCGAUGCGAACGGAGAGUGAGAAUUUCCGCCAGUGGAAGAUCAAUCGGGAGAAGGAAAUUUGUCAGCUUCGGGAGAAGGAUCGAAAGCUUAAAAACGAAAUGGUUCGGCUGCAGACCGUUCAUGAUAAGCAGCAGAACGUGCUGAAGAGAAAGGUCGAAGAAGCGGUUGCCGUUAACAAACGGCUGAAAGAAGCUCUGGAACGACAGAAGAAUGUUCAGGCUAUGCGAUCCGCCCGUGCCGUUGGCAAACCCGUUCGUGGUGCAGAUGUCUCCUCCUGGGUAGACCACGAGUUGGAAUUGAUCCGCUCCGUAACGGACGCCUCGGUAACCCUCAAGCUUCUGAUGGAUGACCGAGCACUACUGAAUACCAAGCUCAUGGAAAUGAAACAAAACUCGGAGGAACACAGUGAGGACGACAUUAAACAGCAAGAACACGAUCUGGAGCUCCGAAACGCUCAGAUUGCCGACCUGCAGCAGAAAAUUCUGUCCACCGACGUAGACUCCAAGCAGAAAGCCAUCCUCGAAGGUAUUCCCACUCUCCCGGAGGCGAAGCAAGUCCUCAAAAAACUCCUCACAGUAUUCACCGAAACGCAGGAAGAAUCAGCCAAAGCUCGGCACCAACAGGUCGACACCCGCUUAUCGGUCGAAUGCCUGGAGGAAAACGUUCGUCAAUUGGCGUCGGAAUUGGCCGAAACCAAGCAGCGCUUCACGGACGAAACUAACGAACUGGCCAAGAUGUACGAGGAGAAACUGUCCAUGCUGCUCCUGUCGAAGCAGAAGUUCGCUCGCCAAUCGAAGGAAAUGACCAACACGUGCGACUCGAUCCUGCAGGAAGCGAGCGACCGGAUGGAGAAGAUGCGUCAGGAGCUGGACUCCGUCAAGGAAGCCAAUCGGAUGCUGAACAAGCACGUGGAAGACUUGAAGAACAGUCGGGGCGGGCGCCGCACCCGCAGCGCCAAGAAUGUCGCCGCCGCUGCGGUUGUCGACGAUGACGAUGAGGACGACGCGGCCGAGGAGAGCAUGGGCGACUCGGAUCAGGAGCGGGAUCCGGACUUUAGGGCGACUCCACGCUGGAAGCAGAAGAAGGCCGGCAGGGGCAUGCGGGAAUCGGUCAUGAAGAAGGGAGCGAUCAAAAAACGCACAACCGUGGACGCGAAUGCCGCCGGAGAGAAUCAAUCUUCCUCCAAUAACAAUAGCAACAACAGCUCGACGGCAACCACGCACAAUUCCAGCAACCAAGCGCACUGCAGCUGCGGAACGAUCUGCUCCACGAAACGGUGCGGUUGCAAGAAGCUGGGCGAGUUCUGCGGCGAUCACUGCCGUUGUCCGCCGGGGUGCGUCAAUAAAAAAUUCGAUGAAAAGUCGCUGAAGGAGACGGAAGAAACGGGCGACCAGGAGAUGGCCGACGUCAACAACGAUAAUAAGGAAAACUCGGUGCAGAAUGGCAGCGGUCCGGAAGCUGCCAGAUCGUUGGAUAAGCGCAAAUCGCAGGACGAUAGCAGUGAUGCCAGCGCGGAGGAUCAGUCACCCAAGAGGAUCAAGAACGACAUUCUGACGCCGACUUAUGUGUACUCCGUUAAAAAGAGGAAGCCCCUGCUGGAUGCCAUGUGAAGAAGAAGCGGGAGGAGACUUUAGACUUGAUUCGCAUUCAUCGUUUAACAUUCAUCGCCGAAUUAGGCCUAUUUUAUUCAUUUUGACAAACACGAACCCAUCUUCAAUUGUUAGUAAGUAUUUUUUUUAAUUUAAAUAACACGUUUUAUUUUGCAAC